CCGCACGCACACACAAAUGGACGCAACAAUCACCGUUUGAAUUCAAUUUUCCCAAUUUCCCAAAAAAAAAAAAAAUCCCACCAAACAAACAAACAAUCCCCAUCCCCAUUUCUCCCCUUCUUUCCCCAUUUUCCCUUUCUCCACAAACCCUAAUUUCAAACCUCCAAAUCCCCAACACACACACACAUAUAUAUAUAUAUAUAUCCUUUCAAUUCAAUCCUCUACAUACAUACAUACAUAUAUAUAUAUAUAAUAGAGGUUGAAAAUAGAAAGGACAGAGAGAGAGAGAAAGGGUUACAUGGCAGCGACUAUUGAAGGACAAGAUAGGGUUCUUGCUGCAGCUCAACAGAUCGUUAAAUCUCUCAACACCUCAACAAAUGUUGAUACUGAUGAUAUGCUUAUGAUCUUAUCAACUUUCGAUAAUCGUCUCUCAAAACUCUCUAAUUUAAUGACGUCAUCCUCUUCCUCAACUCCUACUUCCGCCAAAUCCGCCGCCGCCGCCGCCGCAGCCGCCGGAGCCGAUGAGUCCUUUACCGAUCCUCGAUUCGAAGCCGCCGAGCAACUUAUUCUUCACUGGAACUCACCACAAAGCGCCGAUCCUGAUUCGACGUUCGAAUAUCUUGCUGCUGUUGAUGAGAUUAUACAGAUGACUGAAGAUCUGAAUGUUGAAAAUGAUCCUCUUAUGGACAGAGCUGAAGCUGCUCUUCAACACGCUAUGGCUCAUUUAGAAGAUGAGUUUCGUCAUAUUCUUAUUGGAAAUACUGUUCCUUUUGAUGCUGGGAGGUUACACGAGUCCUCGUUUAUUCGUCGUUGUUCGAUUUCGUCGUCUGCUGCUGAAAUUCCUGAUUUUGAGACGGGUACGUUGUCUGAGGAUCAGGAGGAUGUUAGUAGCGGAAGGUAUAAUCAUGUGAAAGGGAAGAGUCUUGGUGGGGUUGAUGAAUUUUCGCUUGAUUUGGUGUAUCCUGAUGCUAUGAUUGAUUUGAGAGAGAUUGCGAAUAGGAUGAUUCGAUCUGGGUAUGAAAAGGAAUGUUGUCAAGUGUAUUCGAGUGUUCGAAGGGAGGUUCUUGAUGAGUGUCUAGCGAUUCUUGGGAUUGAGAAGCUGAGUAUUGAGGAGGUUCAUAGGAUUGAAUGGCAGUCGCUGGAUGAGAAAAUGAAGAAAUGGAUUUAUGCUGUGAAAGUUCUGGUGAGAAUCCUUUUAUCUGCUGAAAAGAGCUUAUGUGAACAGAUAUUUGUGGAGUCGGAGUUGAUUAAAGAAGUCUGUUUUAUGGAGACUGCAAAGGGCUGUGUAAUGCAGCUCUUGAAUUUUGGUGAAGCUGUGGCGAUAGGGAGAAGGUCGUCGGAGAAGUUGUUUAGGAUUCUUGAUAUGUAUGAUGCCCUGGCAGAUGUUUUGUCUGAUAUAGACCUGCUUUUUAGUGAUGAAGCUGGUGAAAUGGUGUGUAGUGAGGCAAAGGGGGUGUUAGAUGGCCUAGGAGAAGCAGCUAUUGGAACAUUUGUGGAGUUUGAAAAUGCUGUUCAGAGGGAGGCUUCAAAGAAACCAACACAAGGCGGUGAAAUCCACCCAUUGACUCGUUAUGUUAUGAAUUAUGUGAAAUUGCUGGUUGAUUAUAGUGAUACGCUGAAUGGACUUCUAGAGAAGUUAGAGAGGGGCAUGGAACCUGACUCUUCUCGAAAUGAUAAUGGUGAUAACUCGGAGUUGGAGAAUGUUGCACCACUGGCGAGGCGGUUGAUGUUACUGAUCAAGUCUUUAGAAGGUAAUCUGGAGGGGAAGUCGAGAAUGUAUGAAGAUUGUGGAAUGCAGUAUAUAUUUUUGAUGAAUAAUGUACAUUACAUCGUUCAGAAAGUGAAAGAUUCAGAGCUUCAGAAACUUUUAGGUGAUCAGUGGGUCAGAAAGCGGAGGGGUCAAAUUCGACAACAUGCUACAAGCUAUCUUAGAGCUUCAUGGAGCAAGGUUUUAUCUUGUUUGAAGGAUGAAGGGCUGAGCGGAAGCUCAAGCAAUGCUUCAAAGGUAGCCCUCAAGGAGAGGUUUAAGAGCUUCAACGCAUGUUUUGAAGAAAUAUAUAGAAUCCAGACUGGUUGGAAGGUCCCAGAUGCUCAACUGCGCGAAGAACUUAGGAUUUCUAUUUCUGAAAAGGUGCUUCCUGCAUAUCGCUCUUUUCUGGGAAGAUUCGGGGGUCAUUUAGAGAGUGGGAGAAAUGCUGGCAAGUACAUAAAGUAUACUCUAGAGGACUUAGAGGGUUAUUUGUUGGAUCUAUUUGAAGGAUCACCUCUUGUUUUGCACCAUUUGAGAAGAAAAGGCACUUAAGGUGCAGGUCUUUGGAGACAGGUAUGUCUCCUUUCUAAAGGACUAGCGUGUCUAGAGUAUAGGCUGGGGAUGUUCUGUUUCCUUGUUGAUCUUAAUGUGUUAAAAGCAAUUUCGGUGAGACUAGCUAUACUCUUGUUCACCUACUGUAAUAACUCUGUGAGAUGUAUAUGUAUUAUAUGUGAGAUCUUCUGAUACAA